AUUAUAUCUUACAUUAUAUUAUAUAUAUAUAUAUAUAUAGAGAGAGAGAGAGAGAGAGAGAGAGAGAGAGAAUAGAAUUAUAUCUAUAUAUAAAUAUAGAAAUGUAAUUUUUAUAUAGGUGCAUUGCUGGACCUGUUUGGGGCAUCUAUUUCACAAAACUUGAAUGGUAUUGGCUAAGAGACUGGGAUUUGUUUGGCAUGCCUCAAACCCCAGAUGCAACAACACUUUGAUUUGUGUGAGAAAGGGAGGGAGAGAAUCUUAAAUUCUUCUCUAGUUUUAUUUUAUUCUUUCUUCUGCAGUAUAUACUGAUGGAGAAUGUGAAGGCAAAGUCUCUCUCUCUCUAACAAACAAAAGCUAUCAUCAUCAUCUUGCUGCUAACUGGUGAGAGAAGUUCUUGGUGCAAUUUAACAAGCAACUGUGUUGGCUUUUUCCUUGAAAGAUCGAGUCAUCUUUUCUUAGUAUUUGCUCCUUCUUCCUCAUCUUUACGACAUAAGAGCUACCUUUCAUCUUCUCAGUUCUUACAGGGAUAUGCAAAGAGUGAUUUGUGUAUGAGAAGGAGAUAAUAUCAUCAGAAUCUUGAAAUGUGAUACAGAAGCAAUUCUCAGCACAAAUUCUUUAAAAAGAAAGGACGGAUAUAUAGACAGUAUACUGUACAAUCAGCUGCUAACUGACACACGACCUAUAUCUAAAUAGAAUAUCUUUAAUGGAGAAAUUUCUCAAGCCUUAUGACAAGGAAUUCAUGAGAAUGGCCAUGUUGAAACAUGAAGAAACAUUCAAAGAGCAGGUGAAUGAACUUCAUCGACUAUAUCGAAUCCAGAAGAUACUUAUGAGGAACAUUGGCAGCAAAAGGCCUAAUACACAAGGUAGUCAAGAAUUAUGGAACUCCAAGAAUAGCAUUAGUUUUGCACAGAAGUCUAUAAUGAAACUGGACUUGGAAAGGCCGGCUGAUCAAGAUUAUGCUGUAGAAUCAAGUGGUGAUCAUAGAGCUGCCUUGGAGAUUAUCGACGAGAGUGAGAUUGAGCUAACGCUGGGUCCUUCAAGUUAUAACAGAGGGAAUAGGAAGAAACGUGAGACGCCAUUAACGUCAGAUUCCGGACCUUCAAGCUUCUCUUCAUCUUCCACUGGAUCUAGUCACAUUAACAAGACUGCAAGUUCUUUAGGCCAUCAUAAGAAAAUGAAUACAAAAAAAUCAGAAGAAGCAUCAGGUGGGCGCGAAUUGGGGAUUGUUCAGGUUCCUGAUAUGACAUUGGGCAAUUACCAAAGUGAAAAUAGAACUAGUAGUAAUAUUGACGUUGAUGAACAAUUGAGACAAGAGAGACUAAAGCAGCCACCUUGGCUUUUCCAAGUUUUGAGUCUGAACAUGACCUGAAAAAAAAGAAAAACAGAAAGAACAAAAAAAGAGAAAAAGAAAACUUCUAUUAAGUCGAUAGGAUAUGAUUUUAGAACAUAUUACUAUCGGCUAUUUCAGUCACUUGUAUGCUUGUAUGGAUCUUUUUCUGUUUAGUCUUUUAGCUUAGUGGGUGCCCUGUGUAGGAAUGACUUGUUUUUAAUGGCUUACAAAAAGCAUUAGAUUCUGAAGAUAUGGAAUGUUUUUAGAUUUUAA